AUGGAAUAUCCGCAAGAAAGCUUCAAAGCCACAACUUUCGCUCCGGACUCCUUUUGGGCCCAGCGCCGACAAGUUGUUCGAUCCCAGACACUGCGGCACCAGCUGCAGAUGAUGAAGGACACUGGACGGUAUGACGCAUUCAAGUUGAAGUGGCAUCCGAGCUAUUCGGAUCCAUGCACAGUGUGGCCGGUGCCCAAUCACUUGUUUUGGGAUUCGGAUGUGGCCAAAUGGAUCGAAGGUGCUUGCUAUUUUCUGAUGGAUUAUCCAGACGAAGAAAUAGAUGCGGCCAUCAGGGAGCUUGUGGAAAUGAUCCAGAACGCUCAGCAGUCGGACGGAUAUCUCAAUAUCCACUACACGGUAGUUGAACCUGGGAAGAGGUUUACUAACCUUCGAGACAUGCAUGAACUAUAUAAUGCAGGACACCUUGUAGAAGCUGCGCUCGCCCACCGUCUCCUUUACAGAAACGAUGAAUUGUUGUCGCCUAUUCUGAAAUAUGUUGCGCUGCUUGCAGCUACCUUUGGAAACAAGGAGGGACAAAAGGCUGGCUAUCCUGGUCAUCCAGAAAUUGAACUAGCCCUUCUGCGCCUGUAUAAAGUAACACAAGACCCUGAGCACCUUCGUCUGGCCCGUUUCUUUCUUGAGGAGCGUGGUAAUCCCUCUGGCGGAAAAGAACGGCGGCAUUACUACGAUGUGGAGGCUGAGGCCCGAGGCGAGCGUAAGCAUGAAGUGCCCGAAGCCUAUCCAGCCGCGAGAAGCUAUUGGUAUCAACAAGCCCAUGUCCCAAUUACCCAACAGCAAACAAUUGAGGGGCACGCUGUUCGUGCCAUGUACCUCCUAACCUCAGUUACGGACCUUGUCCGCAUCUGCGAGCCAAGCAGUGAUGUUGCGAACAAGUUCUUGCCCGCUUUGCAUCGACUCUGGUCGAACAUGAUUGAGAAGAAAUCCUAUAUGACGGGCGGUAUUGGCGCCAUGAAACAGUGGGAGGGUUUUGGUAUUGAUUAUUUCUUACCCCAUGGAACGGACGAGGGUGGGUGUUAUGCGGAAACUUGCGCAGCAAUCGGGGUGAUGAUGCUGGCUGAACGAUUGUUACAGGUUGAACUUCACAGCCACUAUGCGGAUAUUUUGGAGCUGUGUCUCUAUAACGCAGUCCUAACAGGAAUGAGCUUGGAUGGAAAGGGGUUCACCUACGUAAAUCAACUCGCCUCAUCAGAAAAGGACUUGUCCCGGCGCUACGAAUGGUUUGAGUGUGCCUGUUGUCCGCCCAACGUCACUCGAACACUGGGCUGUCUGGGCGGUUAUCUUUGGAGCUACAAGGUCAACAACGAGAGACAGAAGGCUACUGUCAACGUGCAUCUUUAUACCUCGGCUACGUUGCGCUUUCAGGUUGCGGACUCCAGGAUCGAGAUUACUCAGAAGACACAGUGGCCAUGGAACGGGGAUGUUUCUUUCUCUGUGAAUAUUGACGGUCCGCCAGUGAACUUGGAGCUGCGGCUGCGAAUCCCUGGAUGGGCAAGCACCUGGGAGCCUUCAUGGCCGGAUCUUCAUGAUGGGUAUCUCUAUUUACCCUCAGACUGGAUCCAGCAGCAUGCGGAAUUCAGUCUCAGCUGUCCGAUGCGCCCCCGAGUGGUAAGGCCACAUCCAUUAACGAUGCAGCCUGUCGCCUAUGUCACCCGCGGACCGAUAGUGUACUGUGUCGAGGAUGUAGACAAUUCUUGGGAGAAUGAUCAUUUUAAGGAGGAGGUACAAUCGACUCCCGAUCAUCACGUGGGCAUCAUCGCCCAAGGUGGCUCUCGAGGAACUUUGGAUACAACCCGUUGGAAGCGGCAGAUUGUAGCUGAAUCCGGCGAUGUGGCUCCAAUCAGCGAGGAUGUGAGAGAUUUAUGUUUUAUACCUUAUUAUCUCCGAGCCAACAGAGGCGGAAAGGGACAGAUGCGAGUGGGAUUACGGGUUGAAUAG